AUGGAUUCAAAAGCAAUUGGAGCACAUCAAGAUCAUUGGAAGGGAGUGUGGCCAUCUGCACAGUUCCUAGCUGGCUUUUUCUGUGCAAAUGAAGGCCUGGUGACUGACAGCGUUUGCCUUGAAUUGGGCGCCGGCACUGGUAUCGUUGGGCUCGCUGUGGCGAAAUUAGACGUGAAAAAGGUUAUUCUCACCGAUUUUCCCGGCGACGAGAUUUUAUCGUUACUUCGAGAAAACAUCGAGAAAAAUCAUUUGACUAAUAAAUGCGAAGUUAAGGGCUUAGAUUGGCAGAAUGCGGAGAGCAUAGCCGCCGUUCUCGACAGCAUCACAGAACUCGAUUUUCUCAUAGCUUCUGAUGUUUUCUAUGAUGUUUGCACGUUUCGUCCACUGAUAGCGACUAUCAGUGCGUUCUUCGACAAGUUCCCAAAGCUGCGGUUUUACUUCAGUUAUGGUGAAAGAGAAUCUAGGCCAAAUAUAGCUAUCUCCUUACUUUUAGUUGUAACAAAUUACUCAGUAACUCGUAAUCACGAAAGUUUUGCUAUCCAGAGUUCUUUUGGGGCACUGUAA